CCCGCAGCAUCCCCCGGCUUGGGCCGUGGCCGCCCCGGAGCCAGGCGGUGGGAAGGGACUGUCCCCUUCCCUGCCCGCCGCAGCCAUGGAGGGGGGAGUGCAGCUCCUGAACCGCGAUGGCCACAGCAUCUCACACAACUCCAAACGCCACUACCACGACGCCUUCGUGUGCAUGAACCGCAUGCGGCAGCGGGGGCUGCUCUGCGACAUCGUCCUGCACGUGGCCACCAAGGAGAUCAAGGCCCACAAGGUGGUGCUGGCGUCGUGCAGCCCCUACUUCCACGCCAUGUUCACAAAUGAGAUGAGUGAGAGCCGCCAGACCCAUGUGACACUGCAUGACAUCGACCCCCAGGCUCUGGAGCAGCUGGUGCAAUACGCCUACACGGCUGAGAUCGUGGUGGGAGAGGGGAAUGUGCAGACCCUCCUUCCUGCUGCCAGCCUGCUUCAGCUCAAUGGUGUGCGGGACGCUUGCUGCAAGUUCCUGCUCAGCCAGCUCGACCCCUCCAACUGCCUGGGCAUCCGUGGCUUUGCUGACACGCACUCCUGCAGCGACCUCCUCAAGUCUGCCCACAAGUACGUCCUGCAGCACUUCGUGGAGGUGUCCAAGACAGAGGAGUUCAUGUUGCUGCCCCUUAAACAGGUGCUGGACCUCAUUUCCAGCGACAGCCUCAACGUGCCCUCGGAGGAGGAGGUGUACAGGGCUGUGCUCAGCUGGGUCAAACACGACGUGGACAGCAGGAGACAGCACGUGCCCAGGCUCAUGAAGUGCGUGCGGCUGCCGCUGCUGAGCCGCGAUUUCCUCAUGAGCAACGUGGACACGGAGCUGCUGGUGCGGCACCACUCGGAGUGCAAGGACCUGCUCAUCGAGGCCCUCAAGUACCACCUGAUGCCCGAGCAGAGAGGGGUCCUGAGCAACAGCCGGACGCGGCCGCGGCGCUGCGAGGGGGCCAGCACCGUGCUCUUCGCUGUGGGUGGAGGGAGCCUGUUCGCCAUCCACGGCGACUGCGAGGCCUACGACACGCGCACGGACCGCUGGCACAUGGUGGCCUCCAUGUCCACGCGCAGGGCCCGCGUGGGCGUCGCGGCCAUCGGGAACAAGCUCUACGCCGUGGGAGGCUACGAUGGCACCUCUGACCUGGCCACAGUGGAGUCCUACGACCCUGUCACCAAUUCCUGGCAGCCCGAGGUGUCCAUGGGCACCAGGAGGAGCUGCCUGGGUGUGGCAGCCCUUCACGGGCUCCUCUACGCUGCUGGGGGGUACGAUGGGGCCUCGUGCCUCAACAGCGCAGAGAGGUACGACCCCCUGACAGGCACCUGGACCUCCAUCGCUGCCAUGAGCACCCGGAGACGCUACGUCCGCGUGGCCACGCUAGAAGGCAACCUCUAUGCAGUCGGGGGCUACGACAGCUCAUCGCACUUAGCCACGGUGGAGAAGUACGAGCCCCAGAUCAACACCUGGACCCCCAUUGCCAACAUGCUGAGCCGCCGGAGCAGCGCGGGCGUGGCCGUGCUCGAGGGGAUGCUCUACGUGGCUGGUGGCAAUGAUGGCACCAGUUGCCUUAACUCCGUGGAGCGCUACAACCCCAAAUCCAACACCUGGGAGAGCGUGGCCCCCAUGAACAUCCGCAGGAGCACCCACGACCUGGUGGCCAUGGACGGGUGGCUUUACGCCGUGGGUGGCAACGACGGCAGCUCCAGCCUGAACUCCAUCGAGAAGUACAACCCUCGCACCAACAAGUGGGUGGCGGCGUCCUGCAUGUUCACCCGCCGGAGCAGCGUGGGGGUGGCUGUGCUGGAGCUCCUCAACUUCCCCCCGCCCUCCUCGCCCACCCUCUCCGUGUCCUCCACGAGCCUUUGA